AAAGCUGCUUACUCAUGACGUUGGCGAAAUCUAGCUUUAAAAAGGACCCGUGUCCUGAGACUCUUCACCAGUUAACAUUUCCCCAUUUAACAAUACAGCCGAAAAUCUCCAUUACGCAGCAGAUCUGAAAAGAUGGCCCGUAUGAUUCUUGUCGUUGCCUUGUUGGCCGCCGUGGCCGUGUCGAACACUGAGGCCUGGUAUUGUGCUGGGAACGUCUUGAUGUGUUCCAUCAUAGAACAGAUGUCGGGUGCCUGCCCAUCUGCCAGCAACCCUUGUGCUGCAACGACAACGGCAGCAACGACUGCCGCGACUACCGCAGCUACCACCGCCGCAACUACAGCAGCGACUACCGCCGCGACAACGGCGGCUACUACUGCUGCGACCACCGCCGCCACCACUGCCGGCACAACGGUUGCCCCUGCCACCCUGAAAUGGUGUUACCUUGGUGACUUCCUGAUGGCCGGAUCCAACUGUAAUGCGAUUGGAACCUCACCACUCUCCUUUACAUCGUGGACAAAUAUGCUGGUGAAUGCUGUCGCUGGUGGCACCCCAGUCAGUAUCAGCAUCGGCUGGACCACACUUGGAGCUCUGCUUCUUGGGUAGAUGUUAACCGAAUACGUAACUCCUACUUUCGCUGUCCAUCAAUAUCUCUUUUUCCUUCAUCUGUCUGUGAUAAAUUUGAAGAAUAUUCUAAAUUCAUUCUUUCCGUUUGGAGAAAUAAAUGAAUAUUCUAUCGCAUAUUAAAAUUAAA